AUGGCGACCGAAGACCAUUCCCUCCGAAAGCGCAUCCCUCAGUCCUCACACACGGCCGACUCAAGCGAUGGUCUAGGUGAUAGCAGCAGGCAUGGCGGCAAGAUACCGCAUCCAGCAGGCGAAGUCAAAUACAAUGUCCUGAGCCAGAUCCUUCGUGCACUUCUACUACUUACCUGGUUCAAUUGCGGCGCAGUCUGUAUCAAUGUCACCCAAUUCCUCGGGGCACCACUAUAUUGGCUAAACAAAGAUUAUUAUUAUGCAUACAUGGCGUUGACCAAGCAAUCGUUUGCUAUCAUGGGAAUCGCAGGGACUCGGUGGUUCUCCCCUACGAAGGUGCGCGUGAGUUGGGACAAGGAUCUACGAGGACAGUUCCGGAAAACAUCGGCGGGCAGGCUCGAGACGGCGUUUCCUGAACGGCUGGUAUACAUCGCCAAUCAUCAAGUGUACACCGAGUGGUUGUACCUCUGGUGGAUUGCCUACACUAGUAGGAUGCAUGGCCACAUCUUCAUCAUUCUUAAAGAGUCAUUGAAGUACGUACCGGUCUUAGGUCCUGGCAUGAUGUUUUAUGGAUUCAUUUUCAUGGCACGCAAAUGGAUUUCGGAUAAGCCUCGCUUGAAGCAUCGGCUGGAGAAGCUCAAGACCCGACAUAGCGGUCCCAUGUCUGGCUCAGAUGGACUGGACCCCAUGUGGCUGCUGAUUUUCCCCGAGGGCACCAAUCUCUCUCAAAAUAUGAAGCAGGGAAGUGCCAAGUGGGCUGCAAAACAAGGUAUACCUGACAUGAGGCACCAGCUUCUGCCACGGAGCACUGGUCUGUUGUUCUGUCUCCAGGAAUUGCAGGGCACUGUCGAUUGGGUCUACGACUGUACCAUUGCCUACGAGGGCACACCCAAGGGAGGGUUCGCCCCAGAUAUCUUCACGAUCCGAUCGACGUAUCUGCAGGGCCGACCGCCGAAGAGCGUCAACAUGUAUUGGCGUCGGUUCGCAAUGUCGUCCAUCCCUCUGUCAGACGCCAAGGAGUUUGAGCUUUGGCUGAUCGAACGCUGGCGAGAGAAGGACGAGAUGCUGGAGCAAUGGUACAACACCGGACGUUUCCCCUCGGACGCGGAAUCUGCCGAUGCUAAGCACGGAGUGUCCGAAGAGGGCUUCAUCGAGACCGAAAUGACACUCAAUCACUGGAUGGAAAUCGGCCAGAUUUAUGUGGUUCUGGCAACAGUCGCACUAGUGGUCAACGUGGUGGUCAAAUCUUUUGGUAUGUUUGGAAGGCUGCUGAAAUAA